AUGAGAUUCAUUCUUUGUGUAUUACUUGUAAUACAUACUAAUGCACUUAUUGAUGAAAAAGUGGUUGUUCAAGAAAUUAUUCAAAGAGAUAAAUGUGAGACUUGUUGUAGAGUAUUAUUUGCAAUGGAAUAUGACCCAACAAAUAAUUUUGAGAAAUUGAAAGAUACUUCCGAUAGGUAUGUACUUGAUGUAGAAUUUGAAACACUGUCUAUGUUACGUAUUGAUAUUAAUGCUUAUAAUACACAACAAAUGAGAGUUAGAAAAUUAACUACUGAAAGAGAACUUCAAUAUUGGGAAUUUGCAUCAUAUCAAAUGAUUUGUUUGUAUUCAUAUCCAAAUAGAGUUAUGGAUAUGCUUUAUGAUACUAAAUUUUCAACUCCUUUAAUUAUUUGGAGAAGAAAAGAGCCUUUAUUAGAAAGUACUAAUAAUCAAAGAUUUGUUUAUAUAUAUGAUUAUCCUUUCACCGACUCAAGACAUAAGCCUUUUGCUAAGGCUUUUAUUGCAGAAUAUUAUGUACCUAGUGACUGUAGUAAUUGGUGGUAUUGUAAUGAACAUCAAAUUAAUUUGGAUUAUAAUAGAUAUGCAUUUAAAGAAAUGUGUUAUGAAGUUGAUGAUACUAACGUUAAAGCAUAUUGUGGGUCAGGUUAUAAUGAAUGUAAUGUUGAUGGUUAUUACAAAGGUCUAAAAGCUCAAGAUUGUGUAAAUGAAAAGCAAUCAACUGGUGAGUCUUUGGUGCAUGCAAAAAAACAAAAGUUCAUUCCAAUCUUUGCUUAA